AUGUCCAACAAGCAUGAAAGAUAUCGGCAAAGGAAGAAGGAAAAGGAAGAAAGAUUAUUAAAGAUGCAGAAGUUUUUUUCGGAAAACUUCCCUGAAAAUUUUCUUUUAUUCGAAAAAAGCGAGAACAUGUAUAUGGAAGCAAGACGUCAGGGGCAAGUCCCUAGCGAAGUGGAUCUUAUAUUACAGGAAAUUGGUGAAAGUUUUGGACUGCAGCAAUUGGACCUUGUACAGGACCCCAAUUGGAUCGAAUUAAUAGAUCUCUCGCUCUUUGACAAGAGUGAAAAACAGGACGCUGAAAUUUACGAAGGAACAGAACAGGCCCUAGCGAAGCGGAUGCAGUCAUACUGGAAAUUCUUGAAAGUGCUGCACCGCACCAAUUAG